AUGACACCGAGCGAACGAACGGUUGAAAGCGCGACGGAUGAGCAAACGCGCGCGGCGGCGUUCAGAGCGCGCGUGGAGGCGCAGUGCGAGGCGGUCCGGGACGAGGCAAGACGCGCGACAGAGAAGGCGAAGGAAUUGUUCGAGAGAUACGAUUCCUCGGGAGCGACGGCGAGCGAAGAGAGAGCAACGCAGAUGGAGACGCGACCGGAGGCGCCGCCGGCAACGCCGGUUGAGAGAUCAGGCGUUGCCCGCUCCAUGAGCGCUGACGCCGAAGAGCUCGUCAGGGCGCUGCUGCAGAGUCGACGCGAGCGCGAGGAGCAGGAGACAACGGCCGAACGCGUGGGAUCGGAUAACGACGUAGCCAGUCCGGAUCCCCUGAAUUAUGGAUUCGAACAAGCACAACUUCGAGCUGAGCUGGAAAAAGUACGAGGCGAAGUCAUCGUGGAAAGACUGAAGCUCGAGGCGCUCAAGAGGGAGACCAAGGACGCACUCACGGCGCGCGUCGUGGUGACGUCCAACGAUGAAGACAAAGACGUAGAGAAUAAGAUAAAUUCAACGCGCACGCGACUAUCACUCUUAGAGGACGAAGAGGCGCGUUUGGCGGAGAACUUGGAGUACCAACGAAAGAACUCCGCGUGCGUUCGCAAGGCGUGUCAAGAGGAGGAGAAACGGUUGCGUAAGCAUCUGGAUGAGGUCAGAGCGGAGGUCGAGAACGAGACCGCGCACAUGCAAAAGUUGAAAUCUGAUACGCAAGUCGCGGCGAAUAUUCUCGAAGAGCACGAGUCUUACAUAGAAAAGGUGCGAUCCGAGCUUGAGGAGCUUGAGAGGGCUGUUGAAUCCAAGUCGGCAAUGCUGAGAGAGCUCGACGGAGAUCAGAGCACACUUGAGCAGGAGUUGGAGGAGGUGCGAGCUCAGCUCGAUCAACAGCGCGAGUUGGGUACACAGUUGUUGGAACAAGAGCAACAGGCCAGAGAUACCGCUGAAAAAGCGACGGAGGCGCUGAAGACAGAAGUCGAGCAACUCAAGGAGGAGAAGAUCCGAUGCGAAGCGGACAUCGAGAAAUCUCAGGAGGCGCUUGCUGAGGCGGUUCAGCUUCUUCAACUCGCGAAAGAGACGGCUGAGAGAGAAAUGUCAUGGAACAUGAUGAACGCGAUGACGCCACAGUCCUCGUGUCAAGUCAGUCGCCUCAGAUCCGAUAUUUUUGACAGCGCGCACAACACGCCACACGAAAGUCCGAUUAUGGACGUCAGAGGGCGGCGUCUGUUUGAUGACAGUCCCACGCCCGCAUCUGAAGAAGAAAAGGCAUACUACCGUUUGAUGAUGAUCGAAAAAGCGGCCAAAGACGCGGAUGUUCGUCGUGCAGCGUCCGAGACGGCCGCACAGAAUGCAGAAAUACGUCUGCGAAGAAUGGUUGACUUCAUGAAUCGCGUCGGCAGGUCACCUUCGUCGACAGCUUGCUCGACGCCUUCUAGACCGGCCUCUCCGCUCUGCAUGGACUACCCUAUCUAUCAAUGCUCACAGACAGCCAGCGUUAUCAACUCCCUGGAGUCUCUUCGCACUCAGCUCAAUUUUAGGGCAAAGCAAAGCGACGCACAGUCGGAGCAAAAGGCGUCUUGGCGCGCUGCAAGCACGCCUCGAGAGGAACUCCGCUCGAAGCUCGAUCAACUUGUCGCAGAGAUCAGGCGAGCACGUUAA